CGGUCGUCGUCGUCGUCGCCGCUGCCGCUUCUCCCGCUGCUGAGGCUGCUGGCGGAGGCCGGAGGAUCGGGCGGCGGCGGCGGCGGCGGCGGGAGCGGGAGGGACGAGGAGCGAGAGGGAGCGAGCGAGGAGCGAGCAGAGCGCGGCCUUCCGUCCGCCAGCGGAGCCGCCGCCGCCGCCGCCGCCCGUCCGCCCGUCGGACAAAGCCAAGAGCUCGCGCCCACAGCCAUGUCCUCGUCCGCCGGCAGCGGCCAUCAGCCCAGCCAGAGCCGUGCCAUCCCCACGCGCACCGUGCCCAUCAGCGACGCCGCGCAGCUACCUCAUGACUAUUGCACCACGCCCGGAGGGACUCUCUUCUCCACCACGCCGGGAGGAACCCGAAUCAUUUAUGAUCGAAAGUUUUUGUUGGAUCGUCGCAAUUCUCCAAUGGCUCAGACCCCGCCCUGUCAUCUGCCCAAUAUUCCAGGAGUCACAAGCCCUGGCACCUUAAUCGAAGACUCCAAAGUAGAAGUAAACAAUUUGAACAACUUAAACAAUCAUGACCGGAAGCAUGCAGUUGGGGAUGAUGCUCAGUUUGAGAUGGACAUCUAACUCGCCAGUAAGGAUUAGCAGAAAAGCAGCCGUAUGGAGACCUGCAUGUACAUGAUUGGACCGAACAGAUCCACAGUGGAAGCCAGGAGGCCGUACCAGCAGUCCCCAUUGCUGCUUUCACCCUCUUCUUCCCAGGUGCCAAAUGAUUGGAUGAUGAGCUUCUGACCAUUUCUCCUCCAUUUCCUGUUUCCCCUCCCACUUAGACAGGUUAGAUUGAAGGCCCUGAGACUAUUUUCACAGAACCAAGCAGUCCAUCAUGGAAACAGUUGAACUGGCUUCCUCGGUCACUUUUCAAUUGAGAACCACCUGUCCAACUCAGAUCUGUCCCAAAUCAAAUUUCUGCCCACCGACAAUUUCCUGUUGAGAAGUCCAGGGAAAGGACACAGGGAUUUGGUGGGUCCUGCGUUAUCCUUGCUCCUUCGCCUCUGUCUCCUUCCUGGCUCUGGAUCCUGCCUGUGCUUCAGCGCUGCAGGAGAAGGCUAGGUUGGGAUCUUGAAAACCAUCAGGGGAAAUAACCAAGAAGAGCAGAUUUCCCCUUGACGUCUGUCCUUUAGGACAGAGUACAGUUGGUGCAACUCUGGUAGCAUUUUCCUGUGACACCAUUCUGAGGUCUCCUUCCCCUCUUUCCUCUGGGAGGAAUGUCUUCUGUCUUGGUAUUACAAUCCUUCUUGCUAUUUUUCUUAUGUAGCGCGUUUGUACAGAUGUUUUUAAACUCCGUGUCAGAAAGGAGUCCCAAGUAUCUAUCAGCUCUCCUUCACUCGUCUCCCGUUCCUUCCUGCUUGCAUCUUAUUGCUAGCAAAGUCUUUCUAUAC